AUGUUAACUGCAAAAGAAACUGCAAUCGAAUUUUGCACCAAAAGAAUUUCUUUUGCCAAUAUUAGACCAGAAGUUCUUAAUGAAAUACAUAAAUUUUCUUUUCUUCUUCAAAGACUUAUCGCAGAAGAAGUACAUGCCAUUGCAAAAAGACUAGAAGAAGGAAAGUGCCUACCAAACCUUGCAAGUGCAGAAUGUUUGUGCAGAUUCUUCAAUCGGUAUAUGCUACCGUGUCAUCAUAUUUUUCAUAAACAACUUUGUGGUGCCAAUAUUUUAACUCCAGAAGCUCGGGCCAGCUUUCAAGAAACUUUCAAAGAAAGUGGAAUGAAAAAAGGACCUGAGAAUGCUACUACAGAUUUGCAGAAAAAAGUCCUGAUAAAGCGUCACGAUUCGUUGGCAAUUUGGAAAAAAUGCUAG